UAUACUCUUCUUUUUUCGUUUUUUUUAUUCUCAGACAGCCUACAUAUAGAUAGUAGAGGGAAUUAACGUCCCCCACUCCCAUCAUUUGAACUUUCAAAAUUUCAGAGGGGAAAAAGAGCCGUUGUGAGAGAGAUGGUGCAAAGCAAAAGCAAAACUAUAAUCUCGUGGGCAGAUGAGGUAGAGAAAGAAGAAGAAGAAGAAGCAGCCAGAGCUCAAGUCCAUGGAAAUCAGAAACCAAACCCACUUGGCUCAGCAAGACCCAGGGAAGUUGUUCUCCAUGAGAGAGGGAUUGACUGGAGACAACUCGAUGAAGAUUUCCGAGCUCCCUCCCAUUUCAGUAUUCAGACCCAGAAGGAGAACCCGCUUAAAGAAAACAUUACUCCAUCAGCUGCAGUGGCUGUUGACAGAAAACAGAUGGUGAUGCCCCAAAGCAGCCCACAACAAAAGCUCAAAAAUGUGAAAAUGGACUCGUAUGGAAGCAAGCUUUCACAGGGUCCUCAAAACCCCACAAAUCACACAUCUGUUGUAUUUGUUCCUCCACUCAAAUACCCACCGAGAGCUCUCCUUCCUAAUCUGUUUCCACCAACUCACUCCCCUUUUUAUAACCCUUACUUGAUCCACACUGGGCCAAAAAAAAUUCAGAACCACAUUGAGCUUGAAAUGGAACAGUUCCAAACCCGCAAUGUCUCGAGCCAUGGGAGGCACAUUCAUGUUUACAAUGGGGAUCAUAAAAAACACAAAAUCGUGCAAAAACACGGUACUUUUGAGAAUGGUAGAAGAAAUUUUGAGGCAUUUGGUAACACAAGAAUACUGAGAAAAUCAGCAAGUUCACAGAUGAUAGGAAAAAAAGGUGUUCUUAGUGACCGCGACAUGUACAAGGAGAAAUCUUGCUUUUUGAGGCAUCGUAACAAUAGGAUGAUGACAAUUCCUGCAGUAGAAAAGAUUCAAUGGGAGAAAAUGGGAGGUGAGAAUGAACGGCAAAGUUUUCCGGGAUAUGUGUGGGUUAGUGGGAGAGCUGAAAAGAGAGAGAGGAGGAGCUCAGGAACUGAGAAUAGUCAUUACCAUCAGAAGAGAAUAUAGACUGAAAUGUUGAUCUAACCAUGCCUUUAUAUUAUAUGAUGGAUUUAAUUCGGUUAUUGCUUUAUGAUCAAAAUGUAAUUCACAGAUGUUCACACCAAAUCCAUUGCCUUUUUAUUGAGAA